AUGAAUAAUCAACAACCACCAACACAACAACCAAAACUAAAUACUACUACUGCUGCUGCUGCUACUACUACAAAUACAACUACAACAACAUUUAAUAGUCGAAUUGAUGCACCAUGGAGUAAAGAAUAUGAAUCAGAAGUUGAUAAAUUAAAAGAAUUACAAAAGACUAUUACAGCAUCUAGGAAACCAUCAACUAGUAUAGUUCGUGUCAGUCAAUUAGACUCUGUUAAACUUGAUGAAGAGAUACUCGAUUUAUUAAAGACACAGUUUAUGAAAAUAUUUUCAUUCUUUAAACCAACAUUUAUACAAACAUUUCAACCUGAAAUCAAUUUAAUAUUAAAAGCAGCGAUAUUUAAACUUUCUAUAUUCAAUCUUGGUAAUACAUAUGGUAAUCAAUUACAGAAUCUUACCUAUCGUAAUGAAUUUGCAUUUGAUCGAUCAAAGGGGUCAGAUACGUUGACAAAGUUGACAUUGCGACAAAAAUGGGCAUCUGGAUUGAUCAAUAUCGGUGGAGAAUGGGCAUGGGCUAGAAUCAAUAGAAUAUCAAUCAAUGAAGCUUGGGGUGAACGUCCAGACAGUGAUAUUAAAAAAAAGAUUUGGAACUUGCUCAAUCGUUUGGAAUCACUCUAUAAAAUAUUGUCGGUUCUCAAUUUCCUUACAUUUCUCUAUGAUGGCAAAUAUGUAACACUUGCCAAUCGUCUACUUGGUAUGCGUCUAGUUUAUGCUCAUCCAUCUCUGAGUAGAAGAAUUUCUUUUGAAUAUAUGAAUAGACAAUUAGUUUGGCAUGGUUUUACUGAAUUCUUUUUAUUUAUUAUGCCAUUGAUAAAUAUAGACAAAAUUAAAAAUUUUAUUUAUAGAACAUUUAUUCAAAAACCAUCAAAUAUUUUACAACGUGGAAAUAAUGGUAAUAAUGGUGGAAAUGUUAAUGCUGUUUCAAAUCAAUUAACACCAGAACAAAUGGCACCACAAGUUCUUCAAAGAUGUCCUAUUUGUUUACAAGAUCCAAUUAAUAUUCCAUACAUUUCAGAUUGUGGACAUUUGUUUUGUUAUUAUUGUAUAAAGACGAGUUAUAGAUCUUUUAGAAUGUGCGAUCUCAAAGAAAUCCCAACCGAUCAUCCAUACGGAAAGAUUGUAAAGACUACAGUACUUGGUGGUUUCGUUGGUGCAUUGAUUGCAACCAAUCAAACCUACCCAAAGACACCAUUCAUCACCAACGACAAUACAGAGGCAUUCUUGACAAAGACUUAUCGUAUCUAUGGUCGUCAGAUCAUUGCUGGUUCAUUGAUUGGUCUUUCAUACGCUUCUGGUAAGCGUGUUGCUGAACACUACAGAGAAACUGAUGACGCUUAUAAUAUCAUUGCUGGUUCAAUGGCUGCUACUGUUGCUGUUGGUAUUCAUACACAAAAUUGGAGAAUAACAUCAUGUGCAUUUUUUGGAUUCCUUCCAAUUGCAUAUUGUUAUAAAUUGGUUACUAGUCAAAUAGAUAAGGGUACUGAAGCAUACCACAACAGAUUAAAUACUGAAAAGAGAACCGAUUUAUUCCUUGCACACAAAAUUCAACAAGAUUUAAACAAAAAGCAAAUGAUUUAA